AUGCCUGCUAGCAUUCAAAUAUUUGCUUGUGGAAAGGAUUCACAAAGUCAACCUGUUUCUCGGCGGAGUUUCUUCCGAUGUUCUACGGUGAAACUGAGUUGGAACUAUGGUUCUACAGGGCUUCUAGUUUUGGUGCAGUCAGACGUGGAUAAAACAAACCAGAGUUACUAUGGAGAAUCCAAGUUAAACUACUUGACAACAGAUGGAACUCAUGAUGGACUCGUGCCUCUUCGCAAAGAAGGACCAGUACAUGAUGUUCAAUGGUCAUGUUCGGGUAAAGAAUUUGCAGUUGUUUAUGGAUGUAUCCUUCUCUUCUCUUUCUAUACUUCAGUGAAAGUUGAUGGGCAGUUAGCUGAAUGGAAAAUCUUGCUGGAGGUCAUAGACUUUGAGGACAGUUUACUUAUGAUGCAGUUGCAAAUAGAAAAUUGA